AAACUGUUUAUCGAACGUCCUCUCAUCUCAUUCAUACUUCCAAGGUUGUUUUUUUUGUUGUUGGGGGCUCCUGUUUGUAAAUUAAUUAAAAAACCAAGAAAAUCCUUUAAAUUAUAGAGUUUAUUUAUAAAUGCAAAUUGUAGGACAAUUUCUUGUUAAUUGGCUUUCGAUUUCCAUUGAUUUAUCAUUAUGGAGGAAAAACCUAACCUAGACAUUGUAAUUUUGGCCGUGUCCACUUUGUACAAGAACCCGGAGAGAACAGAAAAGGAAAGGGCUUCGGAAUGGCUGUUGAACUUACAAAAAUCGGUCCAUGCAUGGUCAAUAGCAGACGAAUUGUUACACAAAAAACCAGACUUGGAAUCUUGCUACUUUGCAGCCCAAACAAUGAGAACAAAAAUCCACCAAUCCUUCCACGAAUUGCCAGUAGAAGUUCACGCAGCAUUGAGAGAUUCUCUUUUAGAGCAUAUUAGUCAAAUUAAUGAAGGAACUAAUACCGUAAUAACCACCCAGCUAUGCCUCGCUCUAUCAGAUUUGAUAUUGCAAAUGCCCUCUUGGCCUUGUGCUUCUUUAGAUUUAAUUAAUCGUUUUUCUAAUCACUCUUACAUGUGGCCUUUGGUGGAGAUUUUGACUGUUUUGCCUGAAGAAUUGGAGGGUAGAUCUGUAAGAUUGGGCGAAAAUCGCAGACUAGAAGUACUAGAAGACUUAAAACAAUGCGCACCAACAGUACUAGAAUUCCUAAAGCAUUGCUGUCACACUUACGGUACCAACGUAAACGAAAACACCCAUAUUGUAGCCAGAAUGUUGCGCUGUUUCAACUCCUGGAUUUCCGUAGGCGCAAUAACUUUGCACGGUCUUUCGGACAAUAUCGUUUUGAAUUUGGCUUUUGACAUUUUGGACUUUAGGCCUCACGAUGGAAAAGAAUCUUCUGGGGCAUUAUGUGACGCGGCCACCGAAUGCAUUUGCACAUUGCUUCAGUGUUUAGAGGACAAUAACAAUCAGCAAGACUUGGAAAAUUACCUUUUCACAAACAUAUUAAAACUAGAAGUGUCUUAUCACAUUUCGGUUGCCAAUGAAGAUCAAAGUAAAUCUAUAGAUUAUUGUAGAUUGUUUACUGAAUUGGCUGAGUCGUUUUUGGAAAAAAUCGUCUCGAAUAGUACGGCAUCGAAUUUGCAUUACGCUAUCAAAGUUUUAGAUAUGGUUUUAAUGUGCGUAGGGCAUCAUGAUUAUGAAGUUGCUGAAAUAACUUUUAACUUGUGGUACGUCCUCAGUGAGGAAUUGUAUCAGAAAAAUAAUAAGGAAUUAACUGAGCUGUUUAGGCCUUAUGUUGAAAGGCUGAUAACUGCUUUGUGUAGGCAUUGCCAAAUGGAACCUGAUGGAGAUGGUAUUUUAGAUGAAGGUGACGAAUUUAAAGAUUUCAGAAAGAAAUCUUCAGACUUGAUAAAAGAUGUGGUUUUUAUUGUGGGCAGCUGUAGCUGUUUCAGACAAAUGUUUUUAAAUUUACAGACUCCUAAUGUUACUUGGGAUCAAACUGAAGCUGCUUUAUUCGUAAUGCAGGCUGUUGCCAAAAAUGUCUUACCAUCCGAAAAUGAAGUGGUACCAAAAGUGGUCGAGGCCAUCUUGACCAUGCCUCAAACCACCCAUUUAGCGGUACGUCACACUUCGGUACUCCUAUUGGGCGAACUAUGCGAAUGGAUCCAAAAACACUCUCACGUUUUGGAUCCGGUACUCAACUUUCUCGUAUCCAGUCUUUCAGCACGAGGAUUAGGAGCCGCAGCUGCUUCAGCACUACAAAACAUAUGCAUUGCUUGUAAUAAGUGCAUUUCCAGGCAUAUGCCGAUUUUGUUACAAUUGCUACACCAAGUUGAUAGUUUCUCUAUUACAAAUAAUGCCAUUAUUGGUUUGUUAAAAGGUGUUGCCUCAAUUGUAUCAGUGAUGCCCCAUUCAGAAAUAACAGUUGUGUUGCGUGAAUUAUGUUUUAUGCAAUUGACUCCUUUGGUACAAGUUAUGGAACAAACCACUCUCCCUGUAAAAGGUACCACAAAUGAUCCAAUUUUGUGGCUGGACAGGCUCAGUGCUAUUUUAAGGCAUGUUAUUAUUGUGGGGGUUAAUGAAAAUGAGGUCCAUCCGUGCAAACCUGUAGUACUGGAAAUAUGGCCCAUUUUAUUGAAAGCUACAGAUAAGUACCAAAAGGAUACUAGAACCAUGGAAAGGUGUUGUAGGAGUAUUAGGUUUAUGCUUAGAUGUGCCAGUCAACAAGUAUGUGAAAUAUUGGAAAGUUUAGUUAGACAAAUAAUAAGGCUUUAUAACGAGCACAAACAUUCUUGCCUGCUCUAUGUUGGCAGUAUUCUAGUGGACGAAUACGCUCCAAAUUCCCAAUGUGUGAACGGGCUUUUAGAUAUGUUACAGGUAUUUAUUGAACCCACAUUUCACAUGUUGCAACAAGAAGACGGUCUUCGAAAUCAUCCGGAUACUGUUGAUGACUUUUUCAGAUUGUGUGCUCGUUUCAUCCAACGAGCUCCAGUUCCACUACUCCGUUGCAACGUCUUGGUUCCCAUAAUCCAGUGUGCAAUGUUAGCUGCCUCGUUGGACCACAAAGAGGCCAACAUGUCCGUAAUGAAGUUUUUUAACGACCUCAUUAACCAAGGUUUGACUGGACAUUCUUUGCCCGAUUUUGCCGAGAGACACCAGCUGGUCAAAGCGAUUUUGGACCAAUUAGGACAGCAAUUGGUUAACGCUUUAGUGCAGGCUUGCGUGUUUUAUUUGCACACUUAUAUGCUAAGCGAAGUUGGAGAUGUUUUUGUGCAAUUGCUGGAUUUCAAUAGGGAGAAUACGAGUAAAUGGAUAGCGGGGGCUUUGGAUAAUCUUCCUAAGCAAAGCAAUGGAGGCUUGAUGACUGCAACUCCUGAGCAAUUAAAUGAAAUUCAUAUUAAUUUAAUUAGGUCAAGUACUUCAAAAUCCGUAACGCACUCUUUGAAAGACCUAACACGACUGUACCGAUAGAAAAUAAUAAUAUUAUAGUGUUUUAGCAAUUGUAAUAUAUUUAAUUUGUAAGUUUUAUAUUUAAUUAUUAAUUGUUAAAUAAUUUUUAUCAAUUAUUUUUUUUUUAUUGUGUAGUUUCUACGCAGGUUUUACUUUAAUUUCUUUUUGUCUGAAACUGAUGAAAAAUAAAUUCAACAUAAAUAAAUGAAUAUUUAUGA